CAAUUGAAUAGCUACAUCAACGCACUUUCUCCGACCGCACGCGCUUCUACAGCAGACGAUUCAGCAGCUAUCUUCACCAUGGAGAAGGUCCAGGUCCCCAUGCAGCAAUACCCUCAGUCGCCAGACGUAACUAGCCAGCAGCAACCCCCCGUCUACCACCAAGAUCCCAACGCCCAGCAGCCCUACCCCCACGAACAACCGCAACAGCAACAACCCAUGUACGAAGAACAACCCGACGCAGCUGCCGCGAUGCAACCCGGCAUGCCACCCCAACAACAAAGCGGAACCGUCUACCAGAACGCAACACCCAUCGCCAACUUGCAGCGUGGACCCGCGCCUGCAGAUUGCCCUGCAUGCGGCCAGCGAGCCAUGACCAACGUCGCCUUCGACACGGGAAACACGACACACGUGUGGGCGUUUGUUCUCUGCUGCGUCUGCUGCCUGGGAUGCAUUCCGUACGUCAUGAACUCGACCAAGGACGUUCAACACAAGUGUGGCAGGUGUGGCGUUUUGCUUGCUACUUGGCACCGUAGCGGUUCUACUGAGGUGCAUAUGCACUCUUAG